AUGAGUGAGCCUAGCAUCAGACUCCAUCAGAUUCAAGGCUUGGUACAAAAGGAUUAUGGAUUAUAUGUUAGUAAAACAAGUUGUAGAAGAGCAAAAAUGAAAGUCAUGAAUGAGCAUAUGGGUGAUUUCAUAAAGGAAUUUGCUAGAUUGUAUGACUAUGCUGAGGAGUUGAAGUCUACAAAUCCAGGAACUACUGUGGUUGUUAGGACAUCCAAGAAUACAAUUCCUGGAAAAGAGGAUGGAAAUAAUCAGAUGUACCCUGUAGCAUGGGCAGUAGUUAAUAAAGAAUCCAAGGACACAUGGUCUUGGUUUAUCAAGUGCAUCCAACAUGAUUUGGAACUGACACAAACUGAAGGUGAAGGCCUAACAGUUAUGUCUGAUAUGCAGAAGGGUCUUAACCUAGCACUUGUUGAUUUAUUACCAAAUGCUGAGAUUAGAUGGUGUGCUAGACAUAUAUGGGCCAACUGGAAGAAGGUAUGGAGUGGUGAAGAAAGGAGGAAGAAGUUUUGGCAGGUUGCCAGGGCUCCAUUUGAAGUUCAUUUACAAUCAAAACUUGAUGAAAUGAGUCUGUUGGGAGAAGGUAUUGUGGAAGCUUUGUUAAAGUACAACAAAAAUGCAUGGUGUAGGGCAUUAUUCAAGGACCAUAGCAAGUGUGACAUAGUUGAGAAUAAUAUGUGUGAGACAUUUAAUAGUUGGAUCUUGGCAGCUAGAUUCAAAUCAAUCAUCACAAUGUUAGAGGAAAUUAGAGUCAAAGUCAUGGAAAGAAUGACUCAAAUGAGGGAGUUUUCUGAAAAAUGGAUAACUGAUGUGUCACUUAUGGCUAUGCAAAUUCUUACUGACAAUGCUGAACAUGCAGCCAUAUGUGAAGUCAUGGCAACUGAAGGGGAUUCCUUGUGCACAUGCAAUUACUACAAUGCAUUACAAGGAUCUAGAUAUUGA